CUCCCCGCCACUACAUCGGAAGUUCUGAGUUAAAGCUGUGUGGAAAUGGGCACUGGUGGGCGGAGUGGGCUUCGGUCUGGCAAGGGGAAUACGGAAGAGGUGGCAGGUGGCAGAGGGAACACAGAUGGGGUGCCGGCGAGUCUUUCUGUUGAUUUGACUCCCUGCCGGUACAGGUGCAUCGAAUGCAACCAAGAGUCCAACGAGCUAUACCGAGACUAUCACCACGGAGUACUGAAGAUAACCAUCUGUAAAUCCUGCCAGAAACCUGUAGACAAAUAUAUUGAAUAUGAUCCUGUAAUCAUCUUGAUUAAUGCUAUUCUAUGCAAAGCCCAGGCCUACAGACAUAUUCUUUUCAAUACUAAAAUAAAUAUGCAUGGAAAACUCUGCAUAUUUUGCUUGCUUUGUGAAGCGUAUCUGAGAUGGUGGCAGCUUCAAGAUUCAAACCAGAACAGCGAUCCUGAUGACUUUAUAAGAUAUGCCAAGGAGUGGGAUUUCUACAGAAUGUUUGCUAUUGCUUCUAUAGAGCAAGCUGCUUUUUUUAUUGGCAUUUUUGCUUUCCUGUGGGUAAAACAACCCAUGACAGAAAACAAAAAACCCAACUUCAUUUUGCUGCUGAAAGCACUGUUAUUAUCUAGCUACGGAAAACUUUUGCUGAUUCCAGCUGUGAUAUGGGAACAUGACUAUACACCCCUGUGCCUCAAACUCAUUAAAGUGUUUGUCCUUACAUCAAAUUUCCAGGCAAUUAGAGUAUCCCUAAACAUGAGCCGAAAGCUCUCCUUUUUAGCCAUUUUAAGUGGCUUACUGCUGGAAAGCACCAUGGUCUACUUAUUCCAGAGAAUGGAGUGGGAUGUUGGAAGUGAUUGUGCCAUCUAUAAGUUUCAAGAAUUUUAAAGAGGAGUCACCUUGGUCCAGCACACUUGGCCAAAAACACCAGGACAAAACCUGGCUCUGGGGCUGAGCACUCACCUGUGGUCUUAAAUUCAAGCUAAGAACCUAUUUUCAUUUGUGUUCUGCAAGCAAAUCAGACUAGCAUAUCAUCUGUCCUUGUCCUUCUCAUAGCAGGUGCUGCCUAUGCUGAUUUGACACCUGGCUUCAUCUUCUCUGCCCUGACAUUGUAGUCCUCUCUGUGUUGAUUUCUAAAUCGUUUUAGAAAUGCACUUGUGUUGUGUGAAUAUUUAUAAAGCAUCUUAAAUUGUUGCUGUUUUUAGAAUAAAGGUGGCAUAUAAGACAUACUAA